AUGCGUUUCACCACUGCUUCAGUCGCCCUUUUUGCUGGUGCUGCUAUGGCCAUGCCCAGCUAUCCAGUUGCUGAGCCCACCACCAUCUACUCCACUAAGGCUGUGACGGUCACCAGCUGCCCUCCAAAUGUCUACAGCUGCCCAGGCAAUGGUCCCAAUACAACUGAUGCCACGUCAUAUCCUGCCUCUGAGCCCAGUGCCCAUCCAACUAGUAGUCAAGACUAUCCCGCUAGCAAGCCUUCUGCUCACCCCACUGGCCAUGAUGAUUACCCAACUAAGCACCAGCCUACCGUUGACUGCCCCUCUGAGUCCACCUCCGAUCCAGUUGAGAAGGUUCCUUAUCCUACGGGCAAGCCGAAGCCAACUGCUCAUCCAACCGGUACUGAUGUGUACCCUACCGCUCAUUCCACUACCACUGUUGUUGUCACCUACACCACCUGCACCUCUGUCAAUUGCAUCCCAACCGUGACCUCGUCCACUACCAUUAUCUACCCAACUGUCCACCCAACUGUCCACCCAACUGUCCACCCAACUACCUACCCAACUACCUACCCAACUGGUAUUGCAUCUUCAGCUGGCGGCUACCCAGUUAGCCCAACCCCCAUUCCUUUUGAGGGUGUUGCCGCCUCAAUCGGCACCAGCUUCGCUGUAGCUAGUCUCGCUGUCAUCGCUGCUAUCUUCCUUGCAUAG